AUGGCCCUCGAUAGUAGUCCCGGUAGCAAUGCUGGGAACGACGACCACGACGGCGAGCCUGACUCAAAGAAGCGCCAGCCAGGUGUUAAGCGCGCCUGCAACGAGUGCCGCCAGCAGAAGUUACGAUGCGACGUCGUACAAGAUCCCUUCCAAAGUUGCUCAAGGUGUAAUCGUCUCAAGCUCGAGUGCAAGAUCGAGUCAAACUUCAAGCGCAUUGGAAAGCGUAGUAAACAUGCCGAGAUGGAGAAGGAGAUCGAGAGGUUGCGCCGCAACAUCGCACGCGCCCAAAACCAGGGCUACACCGUUGAGGACGACCAGGAGGACCUCCAGUCCCCCAUUGCGCAGAGCGUCUACACACACACCCGGAACCCGUCCCUCAUGGGUUCCGACGAAGCUGUCUCCUCACUGUUACAUCUGAAAAGAGGAGGAUCGUACAGCUUACCACGAUACACUCACGAGCUGGAAAACGUGCGUUUGACCGAAGACUCGGUCAACCAGCUCUUCCACGAGUUCUUCGCAUAUUAUCAUCCGUUUCUACCAUUUCUCAGCCCGACGCAGUCGCCCGAUCAAUACUUUCAGCAGCACUCCCUGCUCUUCUGGUCUAUCAUCUCGGUCGCAGCCCGCAGAUACAGCGCAGAUACACACCUAUUAACGUCAAUAUCUGGCCCUCUGACGCGGCUGUUGUGGUCCACUAUUGGCGACGUGCCCAGCAGCUAUUUCGUCGUCAAGGCUCUCUGCCUGCUGUGCACGUGGCCCCUUCCCACGAGUACAACCAGCGCUGACCCUACGCAUAUCCUGUGUGGUGUCAUGAUGAAGGUCGCGACGGGCAUUGGUCUUCACAGGCCAAACCACAGCCAAGACUUCUCUCGCGUGUCUGUGGAUCUCAACAAGGAGCAGCUUCAUGACCGCGUCCAGACCUGGGCCGUCUGCAACAUUGUCGCUCAAAGCAUAGGUACUGGCUACGGCCAGCCUGCUUCGACCCUCUACGAUUGGACCUUGGCCGUUCGACGGGGUGAGGACGGGCCAUUCCGACUGACCCCUGAACUCGAGGCCAGGCUUCAAGUCGAGAGAUUUUGUGACAAGGUCUCAAAAGAGAUGUACAGCAAUGCCAGUGAUCCGAGAGGAGUUGCCGGGGACGAGCAUCGAGCCAUGUUGAUGAGAGUUUACCGUAAGGACUUUAACGAACUGCAAGCUUCGAUCCUCUCCCAGCAUCUGGGUCCUAUCGUCAACUUGCACAUGAGAGCUGCUGCUCUUCACUUGCGGUUGGCUGGCUUUUUCGACUCUAGCACAACUCCUGGAUACAUCGAUGACUUGAUGGGUCUCUGGAGAGCAACGACAAGUUUUCUCGACAAUAUCCUAGAGGUUGACAAGGUCACAUCGCCUGGGCAAAACUCACCUGGGCAGAUUCUGCUCUAUGCAACAAACUACAUCCAGCAGAUGCUGAUUGCGGCCGGCUUCGCUCUCCUGAAGCUCAUGCGGUCCUUCUUUUCGAAGACGAUCGACUUUGACCGGGGGCGCAACCUGUUCCACCAGACCAUCAACGCCAUUCGCGCGACAAGCGUCGUGAACAAUGAUCUUCAGUGGCGCCUCGCCGAGCUGAUGGUGCAAAUGUGGAAUGGAGCCCGACUCGACAACAACCAAUCCUUCGACAAUGAUGAUUCUCCGCUUCUCAUUGACGAUACACUGCAGCUCAAGGUGCGAUGUCGCCAUAGCAUGAGUCUCGUUUUUGACUCCGUCUGGAGAUGGAGAGAAGAGUAUCAGGCCCAAGCCCUGAAGCAGCCUACUAAUCCAGACUCAGCGAACGAGUCCUCGGCGUCAUCGACCCAUUUGGACAGCACUCUUAUGCCGGCAACCCAAGGACUGCAAGCGAACAGCAUGCUCGCUUCCAAUGGAGCCCUCACCCCAGGAGCCUCUGGUGGACUCGGAAACCAGUCAACGAACAACAUGCUGGGCGGCAUGAGCUACGGCGAGUCGAAUUACGACUUCUUCGAUCCGCAACACUGGAUGCUGGACGGCCUCCUGGACUUCAGCUAUAACUUUGUGCAGCCUGUCGAGGGCGCCUAG